UAGGUAAUCUUAUUUAAAAUUGAGAUAAAUUAUUUUGAUUUCGUUACUGUAGGUACUUGUUCUGUUCGUAGUACGUACUGGUACGUACCAAUAGUAUAUAAUAUAAUAAUAUGGUGAGAAUCUUAUAUUUAUCAAUUUAUCUCCUUAGUUAAAUAAAUAAAUAUACCCACCAAAAGUAAAGUAAGGAUUACUUCACAUUCAUAUUAUUCGUAAAAAAGAAAAAUGAAUGUAAGUUACUUAAUUUUCAUGAAAUUGUGAUACUUCAAUAUGCAGUUCAUAAAUAUACAUAAAAUAGCAAAAUGUAUAAUAUAUCCAGUAGGAAAGAAAUAUAUGUCUACUAUUUUGGGCAUAGAAACAUCAUGUGACGAUACAGGAUGCGCAAUUGUUAAUGAAAAAGGCAAUAUCUUAGGAGCUUCUCUUUAUUCUCAAAGUAUUGUUCAUCUAAGGUAUGGUGGAGUCAAUCCUCUCAUAGCUAGAGACUUGCAUCGUGAAAAUAUUGAAAUAGUUGUUAAUAAAGCUUUAGAUGAGGCAAAAUUAAACAUAAAAGAUAUUGAUGCAAUUGCUGUAACUAUUAAGCCUGGACUACUCAUAAGUUUACAGAUAGGUGUUAAGUAUGCUAUCUACCUUUCAAGAACUUACAAUAAAGUGUUAAUACCAAUUCAUCAUAUGGAAGCUCAUGCAUUAGUUGCUCGAAUGUUCCAUGAAAUAUCAUUUCCAUUUCUUACUUUGCUAAUAUCAGGUGGAAAUUCUUUGCUUGCCCUUGUAAAGGAUGUUAACGAUUUCCUAUUAUUGGGUGAUACAUUAGAUAAUGCACCUGGUGAAGUCUUGGACAAAGCAGCAAGAAGAAUGAAAUUAAGAAAUAUACCUGCAUACUCAAAAUUGGCAGGAGGACAAGCUAUAGAAAUGGCAGCGAGACUUUCUACUAACCCAUAUUUGUUUAAAUUUCCAUUGCCUUUAGUAAGAAAUAGAGAUUGUUGUUUCAGUUUCAGUGGCCUUAAAGAUGCUUUCAGAAGACAUCUUCUUCAUCAGGAGAAAGAACAUAACAUAGUUGGAGAUAGACUGAUACCAGAAAUUAAUGAUCUAUGUGCAGGAUUUCAACUAGCUAUUACAGAACAUUUAGGCCAUAGAACAGAAAGGGCUAUAUUAUUUUGUGAAAAACAUGAUCUGUUGGAUAAAAACCAAAAAACUGUUGUAGUUUCUGGUGGAGUAGCAUGCAACAAUUUCAUAUUUGAAGGUAUACAAUUUAUAGGCAAUAAAUUAGGCUGCAAUGUGUAUCGACCUCCACCUAAAGUUUGCACAGAUAAUGGUAUUAUGAUAGCAUGGAAUGGCAUAGAAAAAAUAAAGCAACAAAGCACCUUUGAAAGUAUCACCUUAAAGGAUAUAGAUCCCACAGCACCUUUAGGUACAAAUAUUAUGGAUGAAGUAAAAGCAGCCAACUUAAAUGUCAAAAUAACAAGAAUAAAAAUCAAAUAAUCAUUAUUUUUCUAUCUUUUUACUUUCAACAUUGAAAGAAUAAUUUAAGAUUGCAAAUUAGUUAAGAUAGCUCUUUAAAGUUUAGUUUAAUGUGGGUCAGUCAAUAUUCAAGUUGUUGAAGUCAAAGUAAAGAGCUCUAAUUUAUUAUAAAUGUUAUAAAGCUGAAGAGUUUGUUUGUUUGAUUGAUUGAACAUGCUAAUCUCAGGAACUACUGGUCCGAUUUGAAAAAUUCCAUCAGUGUUAGCCCAUUUAUUGAGGAAGGCUACAGGCUAUAUAUAUAUUAUCCCCGUAUUUCUACGGGAACGGGAACCACGCGGGUGAAUCCGCGCGUCGUCAGCUAGUUUAUUAUAUUUUUAAAUCAUAAAUAUAAAUAUGUUUACAUAAUAAAACCACUUAAUCAACAAUUUGAGACAAAUGGCAACCUUUAAAUGAAAUGUUUAUUACAGUAAAGCUAUGUAUUAUAAUUUAAUGUUAUAAUAAAUUUCCUGUUAAAUAAAUUA